AUGCAGGUGUUGACAGAGAUCGCAAGGCUAAUGGACAAAUACAAGGACGAGGAAACGAGCAUCACCAUUGUCGGCCACAGCCUCGGCGCGACCAUGGCCACCCUGAACGCCGUCGACAUCGUCGCCAAUGCCUACAACAAGACCCCGGGCUACAACAGCCGCCGUGCUCCGGUCACAGCCAUCGUGUUCGGCAGCCCACGCACGGGGGACCGCGACUUCCGGGACGUCUUCCACCGCCUCCCGGACCUCCGGAUGCUCCGCGUCCGGAACAGGCCGGACCGCAUCCCGCACUACCCGCCCGUGGGCUACGCCGACGUGGGCGUCGAGCUGCUCAUCGACACGCGCCGGUCGCCGUUCCUCAAGCCCCACGGCAAUGAGUCGCAGUCGCACGACCUCGAGGUCCACCUGCACGGCGUCGCCGGUUGGCAGGGCGACCACGGCGGGUUCGAGCUGGUGGUGGACCGGGACGUUGCGCUGGUGAACAAGUUCGACGACUGCCUCGCCGAUGAGUACCCCGUGCCCGUGGGCUGGAAGGUGCACCACAACAAGAGCAUGGUGAAGGGGCCCGACGGGAGGUGGGUCUUGGAGGACCAUGAGCCAGACUACGAAGACGGGGAUGACAACGUCGACUUGUAG